ACAUAAUAACAUCAACAACACACCUGACAGUUUACAGAGCUCGCUGCUCUCCUCUAAACUAGUGGAGAUUACUGGUAGCGUGUAACUUCGUGCAACACGCUACGUAACACAUGCGAAGCAUGCGCUGUUAAAAGGUUAUUCGAGGAUGAUGUCAAACAGACUGUAAAUGAACUUGAGUAGGCUAUCGUUCAAACUAAAACGCACACGUAAAUGGCAAUUCUUAAUGAUAAGCAUCGUCUGGACUUCUAUCAAAGUAAAAGGCGCUUGCGCUUCUAAUUCAGGAUAAACUGCGCCGUCGCUAGUGACAACUGAAUCUAGGCAACAUAAUACUGUUAACAAAAGUGAUUUAGCCAUCCAAAACUGUCUAAAGCAGAUUUAAUAGACCGGGACACAACUGUAGUGGUCUCUGGUAGGAUUCCCUUAUUUACUAUCCUCAGGCACCAGCCCAUGAUUGAAAGUAAGAGAUGGGCUGGGCCGCCUCUUUGUGACAAUAGAGAAGAGCUGAAGGUGAUCACGGGACCGGCAGAAUCACCGUAUUGCUCUUCACGGAGAACAGACAGAAGCACCACAUCUUCUCUUCAGUCUGACAAACCUACCCCAAGUUUACCCACGACCACAGUAAGCUGGUGAUUUGACGCGAACUGGACGAGCUGGUCUCACUCCUCCUCCACGCGUGGGCUGCUCGCGCUGGGAACCGGAGAGCGGCACGAGAGAGCUCCGAUCCACCCCACCGUUCAAAUCACUAUGUUGGGAUUCAUUCGUGAACGGCGGAUGUAAUUUAUCGGAGGCAGCCAUCCAAAGGCUUUUUCAAUUGCACACGCGUCUUCUUAACAAACACGGCUGUUGUUCGGAGGCUGGACAUCCGUCUUUUAACCGCGAAAGACGCAUUUGACUCGGGAGAGACUGAAUCGUUGUGGAGUCGGUAUACGCACUUUCACGCGGUCCGAACAGGUGUACGCAUUCAGAACUCCAUCCGGACUGAUUUCUGAAGGACUGAGUGACGAUUAGGAAUUUAUAACCACAUUUGCAUUUUUUUUUUUCCUUUGCAAAAUUUGGACUUCAUCGGCAGUGCAGAAACAGUAGAACUAUGGAUAUCAAAUGGUUUACUAUAGCCUUUGCGUUUUUGGUGGUCUCAUGCUUGGCCCAGCGGCAGGUCACAGUUCAGCCGGGGCCCUUGAUCCGGACGGAAGGCUCUCACAUCACCAUCUGGUGUAACGUGACCGGCUACAAGGAAGGGGUCGAGCAAGACUUUGAAUGGUCCAUGUACCUUUAUACCACUCCCGAUCGAGAGAUCCGUAUUGUGAGCACAUCUCAGCACAACUACGCCUAUGCCUUGUAUGCCCAGCGUGUCAACAGCAAGGAGAUCUACAUCGAGAGGCUGAGUGGAGACUCUGUCCUGCUGCACAUCACCAAGCUGCAGGCCACCGACCAGGGCAUGUACGAGUGCUACACUCCCAACACUGACAGCCGCUACCUGGGCUCCUACAGUGCCCGUACCAACCUCACCGGUGAGCCCCCUCUGAACUCUCACUUGACCCUGAUUUAUAAUAUAGCAUGCUUCCUACAGCAAUGUGUUUUUGCAUUCAUGAGCUUUAUUCAAACCGGACCGGUUUUCCCGCAGGAGGCUGGGUAAAUGCGUGUUUCACAGACGUACUUUGUGAUUUUAUUCUUAUCUGAAUCAAACACAUCUGUGAUUUUCUUUCACAACCUAGGUGCAAAUUACAGAGAAAAUUACCUACCGUUUUUCAGAUAACUCAGGGGUCCUCUGAGAAAUCCAAUUCCAUCCGGAUAGCAAUGUCUGUGAUUUGUGGGAUAUUAUUAUUAUUUUUUUUUCUACUCAUUUUUUUGACCUUUCAUUAAAAGGCAUAACUAAAGCUGUCAGUCAGCUCAAGUAGAAUGUUAUAGUUACAGUAUUGUCCUUGGAUUUAGACAUUUUCCACCAGCUUUCUGUAUAAAAUGGUUGGUGGUUCAAGCACUAGUGACAGCCCAUCCAAUUUAAAAAGAGAAUUAAAUCUAUAAAAGAUUAAAAAGAGAAUUUAAAAAGAGAAUUAAAUCG